AUGAAGUUUUCCAACUCCGUUGCCGUGACUCUGGCCACGGCGGGCUCCCUGGUGGCCGCCCACGGCCACGGCCACGCCCACUUCCACAAGCGCGCUGUUGAGACCGAGACCGACACCGCUGUUGUUGCCGGCCCCACCGUCUACGACUUCGUUGUCCUCGAGAAGACUGGUAAAACCGACGAGAUCAGCAACAAGGAGGCCUGCGCUGGUCUGGCUGACGACAGCCUCGAGUGGUACGGUGAUGCCGUCGCCAACGCUUGCCCGACCAGCACCGCUACUCCUACCCCGUCGAGCACCAGCACCCCGACCCAGACCCCCACUAUUGCUGCCCAGGAGCUUCUCGAGACCUCCGCUGCCAUCACCCCCAACAGCCCUUCUCCCACUUCCACCGCUGAGCCCACCACCACCUCCAGCUCCUCGACCUCCAGCGUUGUUUCCACCAGCAGCGCUAGCUCCAGCUCCAGCUCCAGCUCCAGCUCCAGCUCUUCCGCCAAGGGCCUGACCGCCGAGUUCCCCGAUGGCGAGGUGGACUGUGGCACCUUCCCCUCUGAGUACGGUGCCGUCGCUCUGGACUACCUUGGCCUCGGUGGUUUCUCUGGCAUCCAGUACGUCACUCUCCUCGAUGAGGUGAUCAGCGACAUUGUUACCGCUGUCAGUGGUGAGUCCUGCACUGAAGGUGCCAUGUGCUCUUAUGCCUGCCCUCCCGGUUACCAGAAGGCACACUGGCCCUCUACCCAGGGCUCCACUGGCCAGUCCGUUGGUGGUCUCCAGUGCAAGGGUGGCAAGCUCUUCCGUACCAACUCUGCCCACUCCACUCUCUGUAUCGAGGGCACUGGCGGCGUCGAGGUUGAGAACAACGUCGGCCAGCAGGUCGCUGUCUGCCGUACCGAUUACCCCGGCACUGAGUCUGAGACCAUCCCUCUGGGUCUUGGUCACGGUGAGACUCAGCCCCUGACCUGCCCUAACGGUGCUACCUACUUUAAGUGGGAGGGCAAGAGCACCUCCGCCCAGUACUACGUCAACAACGCCGGUGUCUCCCCCGAGAAGGGUUGCCAGUGGGGUGAUGGCUCUUCUCCCAUCGGUAACUGGGCCCCCAUGAACCUGGGUGUCGGUUACUCCGCCGGUUCUACCUGGUUGUCCAUGUUCAAGAACGAGCCCACCACCGAUGCCGAUCUCGACUUCGCGAUUACCCUCACCGGUGACGUCUCCAUCAAGUGCUCCUACGACGGCAAGGGCAACUUCUACAAGGACGGUGUCAAGAUCACUGAUGGCAGCAACGGUUGCACUGCCGCCUCCACCUCCGGCAACGCCAAGUUCGUCUUCUCAUCUGUUUAA